AUGGAUCUCAAGUCACUGCGACUAAGCCUGCGUUUUACACACUCUGGAACUGCCGAUGGGGCUAUAACGGGCAUUGCCUUAUCAUUGCCUUAUAUUCUAAUGAUCUCUCAGCAUAAGGUCUUAUCACUGUAUAAAGCCCCGCUCGAAAGAGACAAGUCGGGGCAGGUUCCCACGGAGAAUUGUUUGCUUGCGUCGCUCAAGGCGGAUAACAUCUUAUCGCCCAUAUCAUUAUCAGUUCGAAUCGUGGGAUCGCAGGUCAUAGCAUCCAUCGUGUACAGCUUUUUCCAUAUAGGCUGUGGGUGGUCAUUAGGCAUACAAGAGUUGCACUUUAAUAAAACCGGUCAGCAAAAGACUUCCCGGCUUGCAACGACAGUGGAAUCGCAACAUGAAACGAUGCCCCUUUAUUCCCUUCGUGGGGAAACCUUGUCUUCUUUAGGUCGCGAAACCACGCGUGGUCAGCAAUAUGCGCGACCCUCCGAGCCGACCAUACUGCAUCGAGACCCGCCGACCUCGGUGUCCUACUCCCACCCUUAUCUUUUAACAUCUCACGCAGACAAUACCCUGACAAUGUACCUUGUUGUAUCCACCGCUGCAGGUCUGUCUGUCAAAAAUGGUCGGAGGCUGUGGGGUCAUACAUCAUCAGUUUCGGCGGUACAAGUCAGUAAUCACGGCAAGGCAGUUUCCAUUAGCUCACGUGGAGGUGAGGUGAGAAUAUGGGAACUUGAGGCUCUAAUAUCGUCUCCCGACACGCAUCGGAGCAUGCGGCAAGAAAUCAGCAUCCCAGCUAGCCCCGAAAACAAAAAUAUCCAGGAACAUAGUGGCGGCGAGUCGCGGUCUCAUAGCCACAUUUUCCAGGCCAGUGCGUCUAUGGUCUCACCUGCCGGGCGCCCACUGUCUGAGCUCACUCAAAUUCGCAGCUGUAUUGGCUUCGACGAAGAGCGGGUGCUUUUACUUCGCGAGAUGGGCCUAGGGGGGCAAUUACUCGAGGCUUAUGACUUCACGUAA